GGAAGUCUGUAAAGGCUGGUGCCCCAUGACCCCAGUCAGGAAAGCCCUGCAGGAAAUGAGUGGUGGACCUGAGGCAGCUGGGGAGGUGGCCAGGGCUGCCACUGCCUUUGCUAGAGCCUGCAUCAACUGAGGUCCUCUCCAGGGCAUUCAUCCGCACUUCCUUCCCCUGGCAUCUGGGAGGACCAGCUCGAUGACUGACUCCCCAUUCCCGGAGCUGUGGCAGUCCAGGGCGGUGGCCAUCCGCCAGCGGCCGGGCAUCGGGGACCAGCCCAAUGACUCCUACUGCUACAACUCGGCCAAAAACAGCACCGUGCUCCAGGGGGUCACCUUCGGUGGCAUCCCCACUGUCCUGUUCAUAGACGUCACCUGCUUCCUGUUUUUAGUAUUGGUAUUUUCCAUCAUAAGAAGGAGAUUCUGGGAUUAUGGCCGCAUUGCCCUGGUGUCAGAAGCAAACAGUGAGUCCAGAUUCCAGAGACUGUCAUCUUCCUGCUCAGGGCAGCAGGACUUUGAAAGCGAGCUGGGAUGCUGCCCCUGGCUGACUGCUAUCUUCCGCCUGCAAGAUGACCAGAUCCUGGAGUGGUGUGGGGAGGACGCCAUCCACUACCUGUCGUUCCAGAGACACAUCAUUUGCCUGCUGGUGGUGGUCAGCUUCUUGUCUCUGUGUGUCAUCCUGCCCGUCAACCUCUCGGGGAGCUUGCUGGACAAAGACCCUUACAGCUUUGGGAGGACGACCAUCGCCAACCUACAGACUGACAACAACCUCCUUUGGCUGCACACCAUCUUCUCUAUCCUUUACCUCCUCCUCACUGUGGGUUUCAUGCGGCACCACACCCAGUCCAUCAAGUACAAAGAGGAGAACCUGGUGAGGCGGACCCUGUUCAUCACAGGACUCCCCAGAGACGCGACGAAGGAGACUGUGGAGAGCCACUUCCGGGACGCGUAUCCCACGUGUGAAGUGGUGGAGGUCCAGCUGUGCUACAACGUGGCCAAGCUGAUUUACCUGUGCAAGGAGAGAAAAAAGGCAGAGAAGAGCCUGACCUAUUACACAAACCUGCAGGUGAAGACAGGCCAGCAGACCCUCAUCAACCCCAAGCCCUGCGGCCAGUUCUGCUGCUGUGAAGUGAAGGGGUGUGAGUGGGAGGACGCCAUCUCCUACUACACGCGCAUGAAGGACAGGCUGACGGAGAGGAUCACGGAGGAGGAAUGCAGGAUCCAGGACCAGUCCCUGGGAAUGGCCUUCGUCACCUUCCAGGAAAAGUCCAUGGCCACCUACAUCCUGAAGGACUUCAACGCCUGCAAGUGUCAGGGCCUUCAGUGCAGAAGUGACCCGCAGCCAUCCUCCCACAGCAGAGAGCUCUGCAUCUCCAAGUGGACGGUCAGCUUCGCCGCUUACCCCGAAGACAUCUGCUGGAAGAACCUCUCUAUCCAGGGCCUCCGCUGGUGGUUCCAAUGGCUGGGCAUCAACUUCACUCUCUCCUUGGGGCUGUUUUUCCUGACCACACCCUCCAUCAUCCUGUCCACCAUGGACAAGUUCAACGUCACCAAACCCAUCCAUGCGCUAAAUGACCCCAUCAUCAGCCAGUUCUUCCCAACCCUCCUCCUGUGGUCCUUCUCAGCCCUGCUGCCCACCGCCGUUUACUACUCUACGCUGCUGGAGUCUCACUGGACCAAGUCAGGGGAAAACCGAAUCAUGAUGACCAAGGUCUACAUAUUCUUGAUCUUCAUGGUGCUGAUUCUGCCCUCCCUGGGCCUCACCAGUUUGGAUUUUUUCUUCCGGUGGCUCUUUGAUAAAACUUCCUCUGAGGCCUCUAUCAGGUUGGAGUGCGUCUUCCUGCCCGACCAGGGCGCCUUCUUUGUGAACUAUGUCAUCGCCUCGGCCUUCAUUGGCAACGGCAUGGAGCUGCUGCGGCUGCCCGGCCUCAUCCUCUACACCUUCCGCAUGGUCAUGGCCAAGACUGCAGCCGACCGCAGGAACAUCAAGCAGAACCAGGCCUUCGAGUUCGAGUUUGGAGCCAUGUAUGCGUGGAUGCUGUGUGUCUUCACCGUGAUCAUGGCCUACAGCAUCACCUGCCCCAUCAUCGUGCCGUUCGGCCUCAUCUACAUCCUGCUCAAGCACAUGGUCGACCGGCACAACCUCUACUUUGCCUACCUCCCGGCAAAGCUGGAGAAGAGAAUCCACUUCGCAGCUGUGAACCAGGCCUUGGCUGCUCCCAUCCUGUGCCUCUUCUGGCUCUACUUCUUUUCCUUCCUGCGCCUGGGUCUGAAGGCUCCCCUCACCCUGUUCACCUUCCUGGUACUUCUGUUCACCAUCCUGCUCUGCCUGGCCUACACCUGCUUUGGAUGCUUCAAGCACCUCAGCCCUCUGAACUACAAGACGGAAGAAUCGGCAAAUGACAAAGGAAGCGAGGCAGGGGCCCACGUGCCUUCACCGUUCACGUCCUACGUGCCCUGGAUUCUGAACAGCUUGUCCUCGGAGAAAACAGCCCUGUCCCCGCAGCAGCAGCAGACCUACGGUGCCAUCCGCAACAUCAGUGGGACCGUCCCAGGGCAGCGCCUGGAUCAGAGCCCUGCGGACAGCGUGGCGGCCGCCCGCCAGGAGGCCUGAGGGUCGGGGAGCUGCCGGGCUGGUCCAGACCCAGGCAGUUGGGAGGGGAAGAGACACAGGCGGAGAAGUGGCUUGACUCCAACCUCAACCAAGUCAGGGCUGCUUUCCACCUGUUUUAAACACAACAGCUCUAAAAAGAUGGGAGCAGAAAGGGGCUCUGGCCCCUGGCUGAGGCGGAAGUGCGGGACUGCCAUCAGGUGGCCGUCUUUUCUAGUCCUGGCGGUGGUAAGGGGAGGAGGUGCAGCUCUGGACUCUCCCUUGCUUACCCGAGGCUCUGUUUAUUUCCAAGCCCCCCUUCUGCAUAAGUGCCCAGCUCUGUGGCCAGGAUGACGGCCCUGAUGCUUUUCAGCAGGAUCAUGUGUUGGCACCGUGUUGCUCCAACCCAUUAGUGUGGUGACUGUAUCAAGUAAGGGGGAGGUACCGUGUGGAAGACCUUCUCCCUCUGAGCCUCCAGACACCGCCCCCCUCCUCCGGGCACACACGCAACCGAUAACCAGAGAGUCUGCGGCAACCGCAGGCCCGAGAUGGGUGCCAGAUGAUGGUCCAGGUCCAUCCCAGCUUCCCCUUCUGGGUAUCAGGCCCUUCACACCCCUGCCCCCGCCCCCCAGGAGCGAGCUGCAGGGAACAGGACGGGAGCGGGCCGGUGCUGGGCCGCCACAGGCUCCUCCACAUGCCUGCCAUGGUUCUUUGUUUUUCUGUCACGUUGCCAGUGACACUGUGGCUGGGUCAGGGUCACCCGCAGCUGGCAGAGACAAUGCGGACCACUAAUAAAAUGCCCAUUCAGCCAGA